CUACGCGUUUUACUAUUAGUAUCAGAUUCUUAUAGAGUUGGCAUAAUUUUUGAAAUUUUAGGGAAAUAGUGGAGACUCUUGGCAACAUUAAAAAGUUACAGACGCAAACAUUGAAAUGUAUCUUUUUCAGCUGAGAUAAUUUUUCAAAAGCUGAUGCAUUUUCGAAUAGUCAAGAGUCUUUUGACACUGCCAGUAGUCUAUCACUAUUCCAGAAACAAAAUAACUGAUUAUUGGUCACAUUAUUGUAGAGCUGUUUUUCAAAGUCAGUGGAAGCCUGAAUUGCAGCAAAAAUAUUUAUUCCGAACUAUGGCAUGUUGCGGAAAUAGUUGUGGGUCUGACUUCAGUAAACAAGAACUUAAAAAGCGAUUGACAUCAAUACAGUAUCAGGUCACACAAGAAAAUGACACCGAAAGACCUUUUAGUGGAAAAUACUGCAAUCAUCAUGAAAAAGGCAUUUAUAUGUGUGUUGUUUGUAAACAGGACCUUUUUUCCUCUGAAUCAAAGUACGAGUCAAAAUGUGGCUGGCCUGCCUUUUUUGAUGUAGUUAGUAGCGAUAAUGUUAAAUUAAAAAAUGAUUUAACUCAUGUUAGUUGUAAUCUUCUUCUCCUAACUAUGCAACCAGAUAUGAAAAGAAUAGAAGCCUCUUGCUCAAAGUGUGGAGCCCAUCUUGGCCAUGUGUUUGAUGAUGGACCCAAGCCAACUGGGAAGCGCUACUGUAUCAACUCUGCCUCUCUUGAUUUCAGAAAAGCUGAAGAAAGUCCUGAUACUGCCAACUCUUGAAAAAAUAAGAUUUACGACUAUUUUACAAAUUGAAGGAUUUGUUGUUUUUUUAGCUAUAGAUGUUGUUAAGCACACUUUGUUUACACUUCAUGCUAUUUUGUAUUUUCACCUUUUGUUUGUGCAAAUUUUAGUUGAUUUUGGAUAGGGUAAUAUGCUCAUGUUUUCAAAGUAACUUAUGAAUUUAGUUUAUUUUUCUUGUAUAAGCAUAAGCACUUAAUUUGAGAGAUUUUAAAAUUCUUGUACCUUUUUUAUUUAUCAGUAUUAGGUUGGAGCAUAUAAAUAUUUUUAAUUUUUUGUAGUAAGAAAAGUAGCAUCAUGAAAGUGGAUCAUUUUAUUUUCUAUAUGUAAUCCAGUUCAAAAUGAAAUUAUUGCCUAUAGUCUGACAAUUAAAUUCAAUUUAAAAUAAAUUCCACAGGUUAUUAAUUUCAAUCUCUUAUACUUUUUACUACUUAUUAUGAAGUACCCUAAAACAUUUUUAUUUUGAUUCUUAAUGCACUAUUGUGAGUUUACAGAUUAUAUUUAUAUUAUAUGUAAAUAAAUGAUUGACAUUUUGUAAUUGCCUCUUGGGCUGUUGUACUUAAAAAUUUGCUCAAUUGUUUUAAACGAAUAAUUAUAAUUUUUCUGUUAAUAAUAUAGAUUUCUUUUGUUAUUUUGAUGAAGAAAAUAUAAUAAUUAUUUUUGUUAUUUUGUUCAUGAAAUGUUUUUCCUUUUUUUCUGACUGUCACACUCAUAUAAAAAUAACAAAAUAACAAUAUUGUAAUUAUAUAUAUUCAGAUAUUCUAAUUAUUGUUUUAUAUCUUGUUUUAUUUUUCUGAUUAUGCAGUCUGACUAAGGAUAUUGCUAUAAAAUUGAUAUAACUUGUUAAUGUAACCAUGUAAUAAUAAUGUAUUUUUUUAUUUUUUAUUUUCGUAUGUUGCUGCAAUAAAUUUUUAAAAUGCUAUUUUAACUAUUUAUAAUGUCCAAAAUUUUUAAAAAAUAAUUUUGAAUUGCAAGAGGUGGGUAGAUUUUGUUUAAUUUAGUUCUUUAAAUAUUCUAUGUGUUUAUGAUUUUAUGGACUUCUUUUCUUAGUGUGUUUUAUUCUUUUUUAAAUAACUCAAGUCUUAUUUAAAAUUUAAGCUGUAUUAAUAUUAUAUGUUCUUAGAAUAAUUUCUUUUUAAAAAAUAUUAUUUUAUUUCGGUUUAAAUUUUUUUCUUUCUGAAGAGUUUAUAUAUAUUAUAUAUAUAUUUACCAUAAUACUCUGUAUAUGGAAUAAUAUUUAUUUUAACAUUUAUAUUUAAAUUUGUAUAAUUUAUAUGAAAUACUCAUCACUUAUUUAAAGGUUAAACACUUGUAUCUAAUACUAUUUUAUCUAAUACAGUUUGCAUUUCUUUUUUUACGUUCAGUUUCAGGAAUCUUGCUUUCAAAUAUUAAGUAUGUAAUUUUAUCAAAUUUGUUGCUUUUUAAGAUUAAUCAAAAACAAAAUUAUUUAUUUGCACCAACCUAAUAUGACAGUCUUUUAAAAAUGAUACAGAUAUUUAAAGAAGGGCUGUUUGAUAAAUCUGUGUGUUAAAAUAGUUUUUUUAAAAAUGUCAGAAUUAAUUUUAAGAAGGUUAUAAAUUUUUUUUUUGUUGAAAAUUUGCUAAUGCUUGCAUUUUUGAUCAAAUGCAAAUUCCAAAAACAUAUUAUUCUUACAAAAAAUAAUCAGAACUCUCAUAGCCUGUCCAGUUUUAAUCAAGUUUUUUGAGCCUAUUUUCCUAUUUAAAAAUAUUUAUUUAUUUUUAAAAUAUUAAUUUAGAAAAAAAUUAUCCAAACUGCUUUAGAAAUAUUUCAAAUAAAAAUAAAUAAAGAGAAAGAUAACAUGUGAUUCAUGACACAUGCAUUCAUUUUUCACUGCCUGAAUAAAAAAAACAGUAGACUUCUGUCAGAAGAGAAUUACACAGAAUUAUUAACAGCCCUUGUAGGUAAUGAGUUUAUAUUGUUUGAAAAAAGUAUUUAUGUUUGAAUCAUUUCAAACAAAAUCUUCUCAUUGUUUAUUUUAAUAAUUGGCAUGUUAUGUAUUAGAAUACAUUAAAUAUUUUCCUUUUUUGCAAAACUAUUCUUGAAUAGAAACGCUGCAUGAAACCUAUACAUAAAAAUGGCAUUAUAUCAUGAGGUAUGCAGAAAGAGGAUUUAAAAGUUGAUAUUUUUUAUGUACAUAAAUAAUUUUGUUGAUAAAUUUAUCUUUUUACUGACAAUAUUAAAUUAAAAUAGUUAGGAAGAAAAACUCCAGUUUCAGUUUCACAAAUUUUUCAGUUUGGAUUUUGCCUGAAAAAAUUUUCAUGAACGAGCUUAUAUUUUUAAAAAAAUUUGAACUAUUAGUUAAAAUUGUAAUUAUUAGUGAACAAACUUUUAAUUUUAAUGCUCUAUAUUUAUUCAAAGUGUUUUACAUUUUAAAGUAGGUUGUACAAAAUUUACAUAGACCAUUUUUAUUUUACUAUUAGUUGAUGAAUUUUUUUAUUUAUAUAUUGCAUUAAAAUGAAAUUAUGGAAUGCUUAAAUUUUUCUUUAUUAGUUUCUUUGUAUUAUUUAUUUACUUUACUGUUUAUUUGAGCUUUCAUUUGUUUCUAUUUAUUAUGUUUGAAAUAAAGAAACUUCUAUGACUUUUGCAAUUUGUAAA